AUGAUAAGGCAAUCUCGGACCGACAUUGCUCUCCUCCUCCAGAAUGGCCAGCUCCAGCAAGCCCUCCCAAGGGUUGAGCAGCUCUACAAGGAACAAUGCCGAUUUUCUGCAUACGAGCAGAUCGACUUGUUCUGUCAAUGCCUUACCACCAACGUUCCCGAUGUCAUUCAGCAGAGUGACCAGCAUUGCUUGCCUAGUGAAAUCCAUGUAGCAGUGUCAAGUCUGAUAUUUGCUGCAUCAAGAUGUGGUGAACUGCCCGAGCUCCAGAUGCUGCGAUGCUUCUUCAGAAAGUAUUAUGGCUGCAGGAUUGACAAAGACAAUGUUCAAUUACUACCAGGGAAUCUUGUGCAUUAUGAGAUAAAGGAGAAUCUGUGUAUCAGUUCUGUACCUGAAGACGAGAAGCUCAGAUUAAUAAGUGAUAUUGCUAACAAGUACACUCUUCAUCUGGGUUAUCAAGAACACCACGAGGUUAGCUUCAAGGCUGAGCAGAAAGCUGAAGUCAUGGACAUGGACAUGCAAGAUAUCUGCAGUGAUAACAGCGAUGAGGGUUCAACACAAACAAUGAAUCUCAGGACACCAGAAAACAUAGGCUCUCAUAAUAUGGACAAGAGAUGUUCGAACAGAAAAAAUGUACCUCCUAAAAUCAGAUCUCGCCGCCUCUCCACAGGUGAUGCCUUGGCUUAUAAUCAGAGCUCAAUGUCUGCCAUCGAUCGUCGUUCUUUCGACCGUUCAAUCCGUAAACUGAAAGAAGAAAGAGGCAACUCCCCUGGCCAUGUUCAUCCUAAACUUCCUAACUACGAAGAUGUAGUAUCUGAACUCACUGAUAUCAAGCAAGAGUAUAAGCGGGGACAAAGCUACUCAAAGCACUCAUUCUUUUAG